AUCCUCCACAACAUCAGGGCGAACGUUUGAGUCAUGCGGUGGGAUGCGCCUUUGCUGCUUGCCUUGAGCGGAAGCAACGCAGAGAGAAGGAGUGCGGGGUCACGGCUUCCUUCGAUGCAAGCCGCACAUCGUUUGUGAGGGAAGGCUCCUUCCGCGUCUCCUCUGCUGGACAGCAAAGUGACCGGGAGGACAUCAUGAAACAACUGCAGGACAAAAAGAAAGAAGCAUGCAUCAUUUCUGCAGUGCCUCCUGGAAAUGCUUCUCCUCCAGAGGGAGCGGCUUCACCGGGGGAGCGAGCGGAGCCAGGCGGGCCUCGCGCCAUCCCACGCCGCCACGCUCCUAUCGAGCAGCUGGUGCGGCAGGGCUCUUUCCGCGGCUUUCCACAACUUAGCCAGAAGAACUCACCUUUCAAACGGCAGCUCUCACUACGCUUGAAUGAUCUCCCAUCAACCCUACAGCGCAAGACGGACUUCCAGACCAAGAACCCAGGUUAGUUGUUUUCGUGUACUCAAGCAGCGUAAAAA